GAAUCAAUGAUGUUGAAGGUAUACAUUAAUACUAUCUAUAAUUGUUAGAUUUCAUCCUGGAUGAUGUGAAAUAAAUUUUAUUUAUAAGUGCAUUAUUUCUGAGGCUGUAUAUGUUUAUUCGUUUGCCCAUUCAUUAAUUCGUCAUUCAAAGUGUGUGUAUCGCACGCGACGAGUCGAGUAGUUACUGUUAAAAUAAUAAAUCUAUAUUACGAUAUUUUGAAAUUAAUUUGGGGUUUAAAUAAAUUUAAAUCCCUGUAAAACCAUGACAGACGUUGCGAAAAAGGUUCAAGAGUACAAAGACUCUCUUAAGCAGAAGGCAGAACAUUUAAUAAUUAAAGGAUUUCCAGAAAAAAUAGUAAAGUUGAAUGAACUUUUACAAACACCUAAUUUUCAAAAUCGUAAUUUAACUGAUGUUCACCAGGACUUAAACAUUCCAGUGCCACCUCCAGCGGCGCCUUGCACUGAACCAAAUGCGAAGAAACCACGGCUGGACACAUCAGACGCUUCAAGCAACACAACUCUAGACGGCUCUAAAGUAUAUGCUCUCCCAAAUGGAACAGUACCUUGCAACAAACCACUUAGUGACCUCAUACACCUUGUCAAACCUCACAUCAGAGAGCUGGUUGAAGAUUCCAAUCUACUGAAAAUGUGGAUCUCAUUUAUGAUUCCCAAAAUUGAAGAUGGCAAUAAUUUUGGUGUAUCAAUACAAGAGGAUACUCUGGCAGAAAUACAAUCAGUGGAGUCAGAAGCAGCUGCAUUUUUCGACCAAAUCUCACGAUACUUCAUAUCAAGAGCAAAGAUUGUCUCCAAAGUUGCCAAAUAUCCACACAUUGACGACUAUAGAAGAGCUGUGAAAGAACUAGAUGAGAAGGAGUACCUUUCGCUUUGGUUGGUGAUGUGUGAAAUCCGCAACCGCUACUGCUCCCUGCACGAUAUCGUCAUCAAGAACCUCGAGAAGAUCAAAAAGCCACGCUCAUCCAAUGCCGAGUCUCUAUACUAGCCUCCUCAUCUCAAUUAGUGUCUCUUAAGAGAUAAAAGUAACAUUAUGACAAGUCCGAUUAACAACUUCUCACAUUUUAUUCACUAGAUGUGAGUAAUAUUAAAAGAUUCAUGGUCAUAGCUGAUUUUUUUACACCGUAUUUGAGUUAUACCGCACCAUUACCAACCUACAAAAUAACGUUAUUGAAUAGUGCGCUUUAAACUUUCCUCUGUAGACAUAUUUUACAUUGACAACACGAGAUCUUCAAGCAAGUUACUGCUACUGUUAUCAAUGUAAAGUAUGUCUAAAGUAGACGCUAUAAAGUUUACAUUUCAAUGAUCAUAUAAUUACUGGAUGGAAGUGGUUGGGUAUAAUUUAGACCGUGUAUCCUUAGCCUCCAGGUGAGGCAGGUUGCAUCCACAUUGCUUCGACAUUGUCAUUGGUCAUGCUAACUUUCUCUAGUCCCAAUUAUCUUGAUUGCUUUUGUUCUGUUAGAGUUGCUAUAUAACUCUAGAUGUUGCCUGAACAAGUAUUAUAUUGGUAAAAUCAUUAUAUUCAAUGGAUUAAUAAAUUUCUUUAGAUGAUAUUCAUAAAUUUAUUCUUAUAUUCUUAUGGCCUAGUAUGGCCUAGUAUAUCAGGAAUAUAUCAGUUAGGGAUGGGCUUGUUCGUAUAAUAGUUUAGAAUUUUCUAGAAUAAAACUUGUAGUGAAUAAAAUGUGGGACUGUGUUGCCCACUGGUUUUAUAGCAAGCUGAAAUAGUGUUUACAACUGAAGUUUUACUCGGGGAUAAAUUCACAAGACAUUUUAUAUUUAGAAAUAACUAGCAAACAACAAAUUAUUGACUUCUUUGUCAUAAAUAUAUGGCUGAAUGGUUUUCACCGAUUCAGUAUCACUAUUAAAGGCAAGGAAAAUAAAUGUUCACUAUUGAUGUCCGUGGGACAAAUGUUGUUUCAGCUUUUCUGCAGUAUUGUACAAAUAAUAUCCCUAUUUUUAAUAUCAAUAUAAUAAUCUGAAAAUCAAGUAGGUAAAAAUGAGCUAAGUCAAAUAUAAUAUUAUUAAUCUGAAGCUGAAUAUAUUAUUUGAUUUAGCUCUUACAUUUAAGAUCGUAUUAGUAUGAUUGUAAUAUAAAAAUAUAAGAGUCAUACCUAGAUGCGAAUUUAGAGUUAGGAAGUUACAAUCUGUAUGAAGAUUUUUAAAUUUCAAUAAUCACAAUUCCCGCUAACUGACGUAAUUUCGACAUUCCCUUAUAAUUAUUAUGAAAUUUCUAUAAUGAGAUACAUAUUGUAUGUAGCACACCAUAUUAACAUACCUCAUAAUUUUUUAUUGACUGUUAAUAAAACCAGUGUGAUGCAAAUAUUCCCGACCGACAUCAGUGGUUACUAGACAUAGAUUAUAAUUUUAAGUGCGAAAACGUUUUAUGUACUGGCGUAGUCCAUACAUUUACAGAUACUUACAGUUUUCCUAAGUCGAUUAGUAUAUUUAUUUCACUUAGAAAAUUUCGGCUACGAAGUGCCUGUAACUGUGAAGAUUCCGAAUGACGAAUAUCGUCGACCUACAGAUUAAAAUAAGUGAUAACGAUUGGCUGUUUGUCAACAUUUAAUUGAAUAAUAUACCCAAUGUCAAUAAAAAAACCAUUUUUAAUGUGUA